AUGCUAAAAUCACAAUUGAUGUUUAGCAAUUCCAUAAGAUGGGAGCGACUGGAGGCGAACUACUUGAGAUCAUCCAUAGAAAAGUGUCCUGCACCAAAAAAUAAGGUUAAACGUCAUGGGAGCUUAUUGCCAAAUACGAUACGUAGUAUUGUAUGCGGUCCAUCAAAUUGCGGAAAAACUAACUUAGUUAUCAGUUUAAUGUUACAUCAGAAUGGACCGCGUUUUCGUAACUUUUAUGUAUAUUUAAAGUUUUUAUAUCAACCUAAAUACUUAUUUUUAGAAAAAGUACUGCAGAAUGUGGAAGGUAUAUCUUGUUACAAGUAUAAUCAUAAUAGCGAAAUUUUGAGUCCACACGAAGCUUCGCCUAACCCAAUUAUAAUAUUUGACGAUGUAGCUUGUGAAAAUCAGAACAACAUACGCGAUUAUUUCGCCAUGGGUCGACAUAAGAACAUUGACUGUUUUUAUAUUAAUCAAACGUAUACUAAGAUACCUAAGCAACUAGUUAGAGAUAACGCUAACCUGAUCAUAUUGUUUAAACAAGAUGACGUAAAUCUGAGACACAUUUAUGACGAGCAUGUAGGGUCUGACAUGACAUGGUCUCGGUUCCGGGAAAUGUGUUCAACUGUGUGGAGUAAACCUUUCAAUUAUAUUGUUAUAAAUAAAGAAUGUGAACGAAAUAAAGGCUGUUACAGAAUGAAGUUUGAUACAUUCAUAAUUACCUAA